CCUCCUUCCUGAUGCACACAACUUAUCCACACGUGGCAGCCGAGAAACAACCCGUUACGAGUGGAAGUUCACCCAUGGUCACUGGAAGGUGCUCGCAGCCUCUUCACAUUACAUGCACGCAAGCCCCCGCUGCCACUUGCAGGUAAGGCGAGCCCGGUCGGUGAGAUUAGUCGCAAUGGAAACCCUGCUCGCCGCAUUCAUCCCCUCGAAGACCCUUUCCCUUCCCUUCCCCAUUCAAACACCUUAUCUCAGGCCUUUAGCCUCGAUUCACUCGGUCUCCAUUAGAGAGAGAACUAGCACAACGAGAAGCAGAGCAGGAAGAGUUCAUAGGAUUCCGCUUGUCAGAGCCUCUGCCAGUUCUUCUUCCACAGAAACAGUCACAGCUGUUUCAGAGAUUCCGGCCAAGAUGAAGGCCUGGGUUUACGAUGAUUACGGUGCAGCGGACCUGUUGAGGCUCGACGAGGGUGUCUCGGUCCCGGAAGUGAAGGAGGACCAGGUCCUCAUCAAGGUCGUCGCUGCCGCCCUCAACCCGGUGGAUUACAAGAGAAGGCAAGGGAAAUUUAAGGCCACUGAUUCUCCCUUACCGACUGUUCCAGGUUAUGAUGUGGCUGGUGUAGUUGUAAAAGUAGGAAGCCAAGUAAAAAACCUGAAGGUAGGAGAUGAAGUAUAUGGGGACAUUAAUGAGAAAGCUUUAGAGAACCCAAAGCAGUUUGGAUCACUUGCUGAGUACACAUCUGUAGAGGAGAAAUUGUUAGCUUUAAAGCCCAAGAACAUAGACUUUGUACAGGCUGCUGGGCUACCUCUUGCAAUUGAAACAGCCAAUGAAGGCCUUGAAAGAUCUGGGUUUUCUGCUGGUAAAUCAAUCCUCGUACUGGGCGGUGCCGGUGGAGUUGGUUCUCUAGUAAUCCAGCUAGCUAAGCAUGUUUUUGGUGCAUCAAGGGUUGCUGCUACAGCCAGCACAGGAAAAUUGGAUUUACUGAAGAGCCUAGGAGCUGAUUUGGCUAUCGACUAUACCAAGGAGAACUUCGAGGAAUUGCCAGAGAAAUUUGAUGUGGUAUACGAUACUGUUGGUCAGUGUGAGAAAGCAGUGAAAGCGGUGAAAGAAGCCGGCAGCGUGGUGGUGCUGACUGGUGCCGUGACACCACCAGGCUUCCGAUUUGUUGUCACCUCUGAUGGGGCUGUUCUGUCAAAGCUGAAUACUUUCAUCGAGGACGGGAAAAUUAAGCCCGUAGUGGACCCAAAGGGUGCAUUCCCUUUCUCUAAACUAGUGGAGGCAUUCACCUAUCUUGAAACUGGGAGAGCAACUGGGAAAGUGGUGAUUCACCCAAUUCCAUGAAACACAGUAGCAGUUCUCAUUCUAGGAAGACCAAUAAAAUGAGGUAUAUGCCAUGAGAGUUCAGUACUAGGAAAGACCAAUAAAGCUGCUUUAGAAGAAGGCUCUUCUUUUGGCUACAGAGUUGUAAUUCCUAUCGUUCUUUCAUACUGUCUACGUGGUUAAUUGAGUAUUGCUGUUUUGCUUCAUCA